AUGGGCGCAUCUUUGUCUUCACACCGCGACGACAAACCACGUCAGAUCAAAAAGGCCGAGAAACACUUGAGAGACCAAUACGAUGGUCAGUGGCACUGGUCCAUUGAGGGCAGAGCUCAUCGGCCCUCUGUCGGCCCGGGCGAGUUGAAAGAUCGCAUGCUAGAGUUACAAGACUCCAAGCAAGUAUACCGAAAGCGACGCUACCUUAAUCCCUGGCGAGGCAACGAGCACGAAAAAUACCCAGAUGCAGAUGCUUAUUACAGCACGAACAAAGAGUAUCCCCGUCGACUGGUUGUGCAGGCCGCCUCGAGUGCCCUAGCCGACACGAACUCUCGCCACUGGAGUCGCCGAAAGAUCAAGGGACAUGUGCCGCUUAUAAUUUCACUUGCGGAACUCUGCUUGAAUCCAUUAGGACUUGAGCAGUAUGAGUCUGGAUACGAUGACGAGGAUGAAGAACACAGACACGGAAGACAACGCAUACAAGAGUCGUUGACAGUGCUUCAGCGCAUUGUGCAUGUGAUAGCAGCAACUUUGUGCACCUUGGGACUGGCUUGGGUCAUUCAGCUGUUGCUGUCUAUUCAAGUCGUUACUGCUCCUUGGAGUGAUGAUGGCACCGCUGAGCCUUAUGAUGAGUAUGAGAACGUGUCAUGGUAUUGGCCCAAGCACGCCGUCAAUGUACUGGACCAGUCGCCCGAAAACACGAAACCGCAAUCGCAGCUCACUAAGCUGACCAUCCCUCGACGCUUGGUGGUGAGGGACCCCGAAACCAAGCAAUGGGUCGUCAAAGAGACCACCGAGCUUCGCGAUGAGAAGACCGGCAUGCUACAACCCUACAUAUUUCUCAGUUUCUCUCGAGCCAACUACCUCGGCAAGAAAGACCACGAGUUACGGCCGUUUUUCUAUCGUAUUGCAGAGGCUAUGUUGAAUCAUGAAAACAGAAAUAAAGCCCCAGAUGAACCCUCCGUGGAGGCCUUUUGGGUUGACCUGGACUGUGUCUCACCCGACGAUGUGAAUGACAAGACUGAAGAGGCAAAGGCGGAGUCUAAACGCACAAAAGAUGUUCAUUCCAUUUGCGAUGCCGUUCGUUGUGCGAAGCGAGUCUAUGUCGUGCUACCUAGCGACGAUCCAGAGCAAAAGAGGAUAUGGGGGCAGCGUAUCUGGACGCUGCCAGAGGUUCUCCUCGCAGCCGGCAAAAUUCGAUACUGUUUUUCGAACCCUGAUACCAUUGAAAACGACCAUCGGGAUCUGCCACACUUCGAUGUUACCUUGACAGAUAUGUACGACAGCUUCUGGCCUAGAUCCACGUCUCGAUUCCGAUCCAGCCAUGAAGAAGAGAACGAUGGAUCGCAUGAAGACGUAAUUGCACAUCUCAUCAAUCAUUAUACGAACACUACUAAGCUUAGUGAAUUGCAAUUGUUCACCUGCGCCGUUCAAGCCAUGGCUCAGUUAUCUACCGGUAAAGAUAUACAAGGAUACACGACAGCAGAUAUGGCUUACGCAGCCAUGGGACUGCUUGCCUAUCGCAUCAGUGCCAAUCCUACAGAUAGCCCUUUCCAGGCCAUUGCACGCCUAUCGCUGGUGAAUGAUAGCGAUAACCUCCUCGAGCGUCUCGUGUGUCUGUGGCCAUCCCACCCUCCUCAGAAGCAGCUCCAAGAUCAAGCUCAGGGCCAUAGUGAUCUGGCCGGCAGUGAGAUGAUUCUGAGAAACAUUGCCGAUCGUGACCAAUAUUCGGUUCACCUCUGGGAUAUAGAGCCCACUUGCAGUGUGGUUGGCAUCGGCGACGAUCAAUACACCCCUACGGUUAUUCUAGAUCGUUGCCGUGGUAUUCCCAUUCGGUGGAAGAACUUCCCCCGGGUCAAAUACGUCAAAGACUUGAACGGAUUCCGUGCGACAGUUUCUCAGAAAGUCGUGUAUGCUGGUGCUUGGUUCCUCCUGACCGGCUUCGGUCUAUUUUCGUCGGCUAUUUCUCUCGAGUUCUCCCUCAUAAAUAACCAAACCUCCAUCGAUGUGUCCAUGUAUUUGCUUGGUGUUGCACUGUUCGUUGGAUGCGCUUGGAUCGUCUCCUGGUUCAGCCCGUGGGCAGUACGACAGCUUUGCAACAGCGGUGCCACGGGUGUAUCCUGCCACCUGGUAGGAUUUGAGGGUACCAUGCCUCUGAGAGAGAUUGAGAAGAUCAUUUAUGGAAACUUCAACCAUCGCCUGGCCUAUGCGCCUUCAUCGACUAUCUUCUCCAAGAACCUGCGCAACAAAAAGACUCGAGAGGGAGUGGAGCCUCAAGACCCAGCAUGGUGGCAGCAGGAAGCUCAGAGGCAGAACGUUCCCGAAGGCCAUCGUCUUUUCACGAUCGUGGACACAGGAAACAUGACUGUCUCCGUUAUCGCUGCGGAACGACCACCAGUGGUGGCACUCAUCUGCGGUCGUGAAGGCGGCAUGGUUCGUGCUCUUCUAUGUAGCUGGCGGUUCGAACAGAAUUGUCUCUACCGGGAGUGUGUUAUGCGAAUGCGUAGCUCUGUGGAGUAUCUCGCAACCCCCAAUGACUGGUUGAAGGUUAGCCUGGCUAGCCAAGGGGAUGUUAGCCGUACCACUGUGGAUCACCUUCGACAGGAAUUGAAGAGAAAAGCAACUCCUGUCCCUCCCACUCCACCUCCAAAGGACAAACCUACCAUGGUGUCCGUGGCAAGCCUGGAGCCUCAUAUUUACACUCAAGCUCAGGAGUCGACGCAGGCACCGGCUAUUGUUGUUAAUGGAACGAAUGUGCCUUCGUAA